AUGCAGCGCUCGCCUCCAGUAUCUAAAAGAGCUGCAGUCAAAAAAACACCUCCCAAGCAGACUAGAUCAAAUAAUAGUACUCCUGAUAGUUUAAAACCAAUAAAAAACCGUGAAUUUACCGGAAUUGUAGCUCCUAGAAGUGAUGGUUACGAAGUUUUAAUCGAUGAAAUGAGAAUCACCCAAGCAAAAAUGAUAAAACAGAUCGAAUCAUUAAAUAAAGAGAAUCGAAAACUAAAAUUAGAAUUAGAUUGUAGCCAAAAUCAAAUCCAAGAGAACAAAGAAGAGCAUAAUAACGAGCAAAAUACACUAAAAAACAACAUUCUCGACAUGAAAAACAAAUUACGAAGGGCAACGGAAGAUAUUGCAGUUUUAACUGCCGAAAAUAAACAGCUUGAAGAGCAAGUUGAACUCUACAGGUUAUCAUCUCUCAAACAACAAUCGAUUAUUGAUGAAUUGAACUCACAGCUUUCUUCACCACAAGUUAUUGAUAAACCUCAGAGAUUUGCAGACACCAAAAUACAUCUAUUACAAGAGAAAAACAAAAAACUACUCAGUACAGUUAUUUCUCUUAGAAAACAACAACAAAUAUCAAAUGUCGAAUUAUCAACUCAAAAAUCUGCAAAUAGAGAAUUAACACAACAACUUACAGACGCUCUUACAAAUGAAGAUGAAGAUCAAGAUACAAUUGUUCACAUUGAAGAUAUGAGUUCAUAUCCAGAAGUCAAGAAAUUAGUUGAAAUGAAUGCAAGAAAAGCAAAAAGAAUCGAAUCAUUAAAAUCAGAAAUAAACUUCAUGAAGCAAACAAUAUUAGAACAAUCUGAGAAAGAAAAGACAUUAAUUGACUUCAUUGAGUCAUCAAAUACAGAAAACCAGAAGAAAUUAACAGAGAUGAAUCAAAGAUUAUCCGAUUUUCAAAAUUCAAAAAUUUCUCAAGUUACUGAUGAUUCUCAAAAUACAGAACUUCGAAAAUCUCUUGAUGAAAUGAAAUCACAACUUACAGAGUUACGUAAGAAGAGUCUUAUUGAAGAGCAACAAAAAUCACAACUCAAGACAGAACUCGAAAAAGUUCAGUCAGAAAAUUCAGAUUUGAAAGAAAAAUUAAAAUUUUCUUCGGAUACAAGUUUUGAUUCAAAUUACAGUAUGGAUCCAAUAUUUGAGCAGGAAUUACAGCAGAAGACAAAAGAAAUAUCACAAAUGAAAGUUGCCAUUAACUCUUUAACAUCAAUGCUUUCUGAAAAUGAACAAAAUUUGCAAUCACAAAUUUCAGAGAAAGAAAACGAACUUCAAAUUGCACAACAGAACAUAAAGAGAUGCCAAGAUGAAUUGAAUUCAAUGAAAGCAAUACAAGAAGAACAAGGAAAAUCUUUCAAUAGAAUAAAAGAAAAUGUCCAAGUUUUGUUGGAUGAUGUUCAAACAUCUUUUAGUUUUGCAUCAUUAAAAGUAACAGAUGAUAUGGAUUCAUUAAAAGAUGUUUCUAAAUUUAUUUGUACAAAUUAUAAUAGAUCUAAAGAUAUGGUUUCUCAGCUGCAAAAGGAAAAUGAAGAUCUUAAAAAAGAAUUAAAACAAUCUAAUCUGAAAAAUAAGGAAUUAUCAUUGACUCUGAAUGAUUUAAGAUCAUCAACAGAGAUGAAAUUACAGAAUACAAUGUCACAACAACAAAUGAAUGAAGAAAGAAUGAAAGAAGAAUUGCAAAAAUCUCAGAAUCAGAUAUCAACAAUAAAUGAAAUGUUUAAACAAAAAUCCAUAGAAUACGAAAAAGAUUUAGCAACAUCUCAUUUAACAAUUGACCAAUUUGAAGAAGAGAAAGUUAAUAUGAAAACAAAGAUUGAUGAUUUAUUAGAUCAAUUAUCUGCCUUCCAGAGCAGACAAACAGAUUUCACUUCUUCUAUCAACAGUUUAGAAACAACAUACAAAAAUAAGGAAAAAUCACUUUCAGACACAAUUUCACAGCUAAAUGAUGAUAAAAGCAAGCUGAAAUUAAAAGAGGAGCAGCUAACAAAUAGAGUGAAUUCUAUGGAAUCAGCUAUGUUGGAUUUAAGAAAUGAGAAUAAAAAGAUUGAAAACAAAAAACAAAAAUUAAUUGUUGAAAAUAAUGAACUCAAAACUGCUUUGGAGGAGUUCACAAAUGAAAACAAAACAACAUUAGCAGAAAAAGACCAGAAAUACUACAAACUUAAGGAAACAAACAGUGAAAUGGAGAAUCAAAUUAAGGAACUCAAAAAAGAAGUUAAAGAACAGAGAAAACAAUUUGAAGAUCUCAAAAACCAGUCAACAUUAUCAUUACAAACUAAAGCAGAAAAGAUAAACAAACUCAGGUUGAAAUUAAAGCAACUCCAAGAAGCUUUUGUUAAUUUAACAAAAGAAAAAGACCAAAAAGAAAGAGAGAAUGUUGAACUCCAGUUGCAAAUAACUGGACAAAGUGAUACAGUUAGAAGAGCUGAAGAACAAUCACAGAAGAUGACAGCUGCGAAAGAAGCAGGAGAUUAUGUUUUUAAGUCUUUAACAAAGAAAUAUCAAGAUUUACAGAAAGAAUAUGCUGAUCAUUUGCAGUUUGUUGAAAAGAGUAAAGAAGAUAUUGAAGAAAUGAAGAAAGUUGUUGAUGAUAAAGAAAAAGAAAGAAGUGAUGCUGUUGACCAAAUGAAUUCCACAAUUUCUAAAUUGGAGAAUUUGCAAAAUGAAAAGAAUGACAUUGAAAAAGAAAAUUCACAAUUAUCAAGUGACUUAGAAACUGCAAACAAGAACAACACAAACCUUCAGAUUGAAAGAAAACAGAACCUCGAGAAAAUCAAGGAAUUAACAGAUAAUAACCAAGAAUUGAAAUCUCAAAUUUCAGUUUUGCAAAAACAAAAUCAUGAAUUGUCACAAAACACUGUUUUAUUAUCUGUUUACGAGAAACUCAAGAAUGAUAAAGAUGAGCUCCAGAAAUCUUUCAAUUUCAUUAAUGACGAACUUCAUACUACAAAGAGCUGUUAUGAAAUGGAAGACAAAGAAUACACAGAUUACAAAGACCAAAUGACUAAGAAAGUUGCAUCUUUGACAAGUACAAUUGAAGAUUUGAACAAAGAAAUUGCCAAAAUCAAAGAUGAAAAUGAUAGAGCAGCGCAACAAGAUACACAGACAAUAAACAAACUUCAAGAUCAAGUCGAUUCUCUUAGAGGAAAACUCGAAACACAAACAGCUGAAUAUUCAAAGAUUGAUGAAGAAACUAAAGAAAUUAGAAAGAAAUCACGUGAAUCCGUUGAUAACAUUAAAGCUAAAAAUAAUGAAUUAACUCAAGCAAUCGAAAAUAAAGGAAAACUGAUUGAUGAGCUGAAGAAUAAAAUUAAAGAAUUGGAAGAUGAUAAGAAAGAUAUUAUGUCCAAUUACGACAACUUGAAUGCACAGAAGAUUGAAGUAGAAAAGCAAUUAAAUACAACACAAUCUACACAACAAGAAAAAUUUGAUGAUUUCACACGAAAAUUAUCAAGUUACAAACAAAAGAUUAAAGAAAUGGAAGCAGAUAAAGCAACAUCAGAAAGGAUUAUCCGUGAAAAUGGGUUACGGAUUGAUGAACUCAAAUCACAAUUAAGAAAUAGCGUUCCUAAGGAUGAUUACAACAAGUUACAAAAGAAGAUUGAUUUGCUGAAGAAAGAAAAAUUACUAGAAUCAACUGUACUUCAAAAAACUGCUUUUGCAAACGAAGUCAAUGCGGAAAAACUCAAAGAUAAAUUCACAAGGAAAGAGAAAGACUACCAAGAUCAAAUAGAACAACUUAAACAAGACAGAGACAAGAAAGCAGAAGCAGCAAAGAACUUGGCAAGUCAAGUUAAAUCUUUGAACCAAGAAUUAGUCAAAGCAACAGAAAACAAAGUUCCAAUGUGUCCUAAAGCAGAAAAAGAUGCAAUAUCAAUGGAACUCAAAGCCAAAGUUGAGGAAUUAGCUUUGUCAGAGACAAAACUAAAGAACAAAGACCAAAUUAUUCAAAUGAAAGAGAAAGAAAUCGAAGAAUUGAACAAAAAUAUUGAAAAAUUGAAAGAUCAAAUUGAAGAAAUUAAAUCUAAUGAUGACCAAAUCCAAGAACUGAAUGAAUCCAUAUCUAAUUUAGCAGCAGACAAUAAGUCUAAGGAUAAUGAAAUUGCUUCAUUAACAACAACAAUUCGCUCAAUGAAUGAAAAAUUGUUGUCAAAAACUAAAGAUCUGGAACAAAUGAAAAGUGACAUGAACAAUAAAAAUCCAAAGGUUAUUCAGUUGGACAAUAUUAAUAAAAUAGCCAAGGAUUUAUUGAAUAUCAUUAAUUCUCCCCAAUUUGCAAAACAGCAGGCGCUUCAAAGGUUAUCAACUUUGCAAGAUUCUAUUUCAACAAUUUUUACAAUUUUAGGAUUACCAAGCUCAAAUAUUAUGCCACCUGCCAGAGCUUUAUCACACCAACAAGGUCCUAUAUUCUAUAUUCCUGGUGAUAAGUCACUUGAAACUAAAGAAGAAAGGAAGAUUGCGGAAUUAAUCAUCAGAGAAUUUCCAGAGCUCGGAAAAGAAGUGACAGAUUCAGACUCACUUGAUAGGCAACUUAGAAUGAUACACGCUUCUGUAAAUAACUUGAAGCUACUACUUGAAGAUAGAGAAAGAAGAAUUAGAGAUAUGUCAGCUAUUGUGCAAUCUCAGCAUAAUGCUGUCAUCCAAAUCAGUAAAGAUCCCGAGGCAACAAAUUUAGUAUCUCAAUCGAUAAUGAAUUCAAGCGUUGCUAAAGAUCUUGAUGAUUUUUAA